AUGGGUACAGGCAAAAAGGAGAAGUCCCGUCUUGACCGGCAAGGCAAGACAGGCACUGGCGAUCCCAAGGUCAAAGGCGAGAAUUUUUAUCGGUCGGCCAAGCGCGUCAAGAGUUUGAACAUCCGAAAGGGUGGCAAGGCGACCCGAAAUGCAGAGGGAAAGGUCGUACAGGCCGCAGCAUAUCAGAGCAGAGAGGCCCCAGUCGCGCGGAUAGAACCGAACAGACGAUGGUUCACCAACACACGAGUCAUCUCGCAAGACAGCUUGACUGCCUUCCGUGAUGCGAUGGCUGAAAAGGCAACCGACCCCUACCAAGUCCUCCUGAAAUCCAACAAGCUACCGAUGUCCCUGCUCGAAGACAGUCCCAAGACCAAUGGCGUUAUACACCACAAGGCGAAAAUGACAAUAGAGAGCACCCCUUACUCCGAGGUCUUCGGUCAAAAGUCGCAGAGGAAGAGAGUCAAGCUCGGGGUCAGCAGCAUCGAGGACUUGGCGAACAGCACCGAGACGAGUAUGGAUACCUAUAGAGAUCGGCAGGAACAGGCCAAGCUGCUGAGUGGCACCUCUGGCGACGAUGUCCAUGGGGAAGGUGAUCACACAGCUACGCCUGACGGUGUCCUCAGCACGGCUGUUGAGCCUGUCUUCUCCAAGGGCACGAGCAAGCGGAUCUACAACGAGCUUUACAAGGUGCUGGACUCUUCUGAUGUCGUCCUACACGUGUUAGAUGCUCGGGACCCAGAGGGAACAAGGUGUCGAAGUGUUGAACAAUACCUCCGCAAGGAAGCCCCCCACAAACAUCUUGUUUUCGUCCUUAAUAAAACCGAUUUGGUACCAACCUCAGUUGCUGCUGCCUGGGUCCGGCAUCUGUCCAAAGAGGUCCCGACUCUCGCCUUCCACUCGAGUCUGACGAAUGCAUUCGGUCGCGGCUCGUUGAUAACACUCCUCCGCCAAUUUUCUAUACUUCAUAAGGAUAGAAAACAAAUCAGCGUUGGUUUAAUCGGAUAUCCCAAUGUUGGGAAGUCAUCGAUCAUAAACACUCUACGCAAAAAGAAGGUGGCCACUGUCGCCCCCAUCCCAGGCGAGACAAAGAUAUGGCAGUAUGUCACGUUAAUGAAACGCAUAUACUUGAUCGAUUGUCCUGGUGUUGUACCGCCCAAUCCGAACGACAAGCCGGAAGACAUACUCCUACGUGGAGUCGUCAGAAUCGAGAAGGUCGACAAUCCCGAACAAUAUAUCCCACGGUUAAUGGAAAAAGUCAAGAAACAUCAUCUCGAGAGAACAUACGAGUUGCAAGGAUGGACUGAUCACUUUCAUUUCCUGGAAUUGCUUUCACGCAAAGGUGGCAGAUUAUUACGUGGCGGCGAACCCGAUCUUGACGGAACAGCCAAGAGCGUGCUUACCGAUUUCAUGAGAGGCAAGAUUCCCUGGUUCACCCCGGCGCCUACGGUUGAAGGAGAUGAAGGCAAAGGUGUCGAAGGCCGCGAGGGCAGACUUGGCGAAAUGGGGAAAAAGCGCAAGAGAGACGAAGGCGAAGCUGCCGUCGCGGCUGCGACCCAGGUUCCGAAACAGUCGAACCAGACGGAAAGUCCGAGUCAAGACGAGGAGGAAUUCGAAGGCUUCGGCAGCGAGGAUGACGAGUCCGCAUCUCAGAAUGAAGAUGCAGCCAACGAUGAGGAAGAAGGCGACGACAGUGAUGACAUGAUACCCCUGGAAGAGCUGAGCGAUGUGGAGGAUUCCGAUUCGAGCGAAGGCGAUGAGGAGGAAAACGGGUGA